AUGCCAGUACUGAUCAGAGUUCUAAAUGUAUGGAACGUGAAUUUCUGUUUGGUAAAUGUCCUGCGCAAAGGAGACUAUAUUUGCGGUACUUUUUAUCAAAAAGACAUGCAAUCCGAUAUUCAUGCACGAACAACUCGUAAAAUUUUUCGCCUAUUGUCCAAAUCAUUCGACGAACAAUAUACCAUAAUGAAAGAGGACCCAAUAAUUUGCAAAGAGAAUGUUUUAGAACCGGAUGUCGUAGUCGUUGAGUACGAUGACGUAAAUACUGUUGGACAUCCACAGUAUGACAAAGUGCGUCUCUUAAUUGAGGUUUCAUUAACUUCAUUAAAAAAGGCCCUUGAUCGGAAGGUUCCCAUAUAUGCUGAUUGUAACAUUAAAGAAUUUUGGAUUGUCGAUUUAAAUUCGCAUGUUAUUCAUGUACAUCGUCAACCAAAUAUCAGUACGGGUCUCUAUGAUGAAGUACAAACAUACAGUCGUGGAGAAAGCAUAUCACCCCACUUUCUCUUUCCACGCAGCGAUUUUGAUGUCAAUAGUCUAUUAUUUUAA